CGAAAACGUGUAGAUAAACGACCUGUGACGUCAAGGGUGGACGGUGCGCUGACACGCAGCCAGAAAUAUAUAAGUGCUCCUGCUGUUAAACAAAUCAACAACCCACCAAAAUGUUUGAGGCUCGUCUUGUCCAUGGUAACUUGUUGAAGAAGGUGCUUGAUGCCAUAAAGGACUUGUUAACCGAGGCGUCAUGGGACUGUGCCGACUCCGGUAUCCAACUCCAGGCCAUGGACAACUCUCACGUCUCCCUCGUCUCUGUCAACCUCCGAGCUGAAGGGUUCGAUAAAUACAGAUGUGACAGAAAUCUAAUAAUGGGCAUGGACUUAACCAGCAUGUCAAAAAUCCUCAAGUGUUCUGCCAGUGAUGACAUCAUCACCAUGAAGGCUCAGGACAAUGCUGACACAGUCAGCUUUAUAUUCGAGUCCCCCAGCCAGGAGAAAGUGUCAGAUUAUCAGAUGAAACUUAUGAACCUAGACCAGGAUCAUCUGGGUAUUCCAGAAACUGAGUAUGCCUGUGUUAUAAAGAUGCCAUCUGGAGAAUUUGCUCGUAUCUGCAGAGAUCUUAGUAACUUUGGAGAGAAUAUUGUAAUUGCUUGUUCUAAAGAAGGUGUUAAAUUCUCCGCAGCUGGUGACAUUGGAACUGCAAAUGUCAAGCUUGCACAGACCUCGAGUGUUGACAAGGAAGAAGAUGCGGUUGUUAUUGAUAUGCAGGAGCCCGUGACACUGACCUUCGCUUGUCGGUACCUUAACAUGUUCACCAAGGCCACACCUCUAUCACCUCAGGUCUCACUCUCAAUGCACCCAGAUGUUCCACUAGUUGUUGAAUAUGCCAUUGGAGAAAUUGGCCAGAUUCAAUACUUUUUGGCUCCCAAGAUUGGUGACGAAGACUCAUAACUUUAAUAAACCUGACAUGUAGAAAGGUUUUCCAUUAUAAUAAGCAAUAUUUUUCUUAUAUUUUAACCACUCUGACUCAUACAGGCAAUAUUGUUACAAUAUAUAAUUCAGUGGCCUCUUGUACUUGUGUAUCAUUUCUAACCUGGUGUAACUAAAGAGAAGAAUCCUCUGACCUAGAUGGUAUAAAAGUUAUAUUGUUCUGUUUAUGAAAGAGUAAAGGAAACGUGGAUUGACAGGACUCUUAACAAUUACAUAUACUAUAUAUAUAUAUUUUUUUUUUUUUUCCUUCAACUAUUAUUGGGUUAUUUUUACUGAUGCAAUUGUACUCCUCCUUGAGUCUCUAAAUAUCCAUGAUUACCCUCAUACUGUGCAAUGAUGUUGGCUAAAUGGUAGCCUUUAUCUCCACCCACCCUUACUUGUGCUAAACUAUUGCUCCAACAAUUCUCUUGCAUCCAUUAAUUUUACUAUUCACAGUACACAUUCCCAGAAAAAUGACUCCAAAUGGGCGACAACAUGUGACUGCAAACAAUGUACCUACAGUACUGUAUUGUAUCUGCACAGCACUUUAUUAUCCACCUUGUAAUUUGACUGUUACUGUUUUAAAUACAUCAUAUACAAGCAAGCAGCCAAGGUGAUGAACGUUUUUGUUUUUAUCUUCUCGUGGAAAUGUUCUUUUUCAUCAUAUUCUUAAAUUGUGUACUGUAUGCAUCGGUCCCUGUUCAAUAAAGUUCAUUGAUAAUUUGC